GCAGCCCAGAGGCUAAGCAUUAAACAAGUUCUUCUACAGCAGCGUAAUGCACUAAAAGUGGAUCCAGAACCGGGGGAUGGAGAGACCUUUUCGCCUUUCAAGCUGUUAAUAUAUUAGCAAAUGAAGAAGUCAAAGUGCGUCAAGUCAAAGUUUGCGAGGAAUACCCGGCAGAACCAUGGCCACAGCAGCUGAUGGCUUGGGAAACAUAGCUAUAGAUACAACGCAAUUUAACAUGUCAGUCACUGAUCCAGCAGCCUGGGCAACUGCUAUGAAUAACCUAGGAAUGGUACCGGUGGGAUUAACUGGACAACAGCUUGUGACAGAUUCAAUUUGCGUACGGGGCUUUGAUCCAAAUCUCAGCAUGAUGACAGGAAUAACUCCAAUUAACCCCAUGUUGUCAGGCAUGGGCCUAGUACCUCAACCUCCUCCAACAGAUGUCCCUGUCAUCAAAGAAAUUAUUCACUGUAAAAGCUGCACUCUCUUCCCUCCAAACCCAA